CCAAACUCAAAGGUAUGGCGACCAACGGGGCAAAAACCCCCGACGGGCAAAUUUCCACCGAGCUGCACGACGCCCCCACCUCGAACGAUAAACCGAAAACUCUGGUGGUGAAGGUGCAAAAGACUAGAGCCAUCCCCGAGCGGGAGAAAUGGGGAGGAAAAUUUGACUUUCUGCUGUCCUGUAUUGGCUAUGCAAUUGGUCUGGGAAAUGUGUGGAGGUUUCCUUAUCUUUGUGGGAAAAACGGCGGAGGGGCCUUUCUCAUUCCCUACUUCUUGACGCUGAUCUUCGCUGGGAUGCCAAUCUUCCUCCUGGAAUGCUCUCUGGGCCAGUACACAUCUGUCGGAGGGCUCGGUAUUUGGAAACUGGCGCCAAUGUUCAAAGGCGUGGGUCUCGCAGCAGCAGUCCUCUCUUUCUGGCUAAACAUCUACUACGUCGUCAUAAUUGCUUGGGCCAUUUAUUACUUGUAUAAUUCUUUCACAUCAGAUCUUCCCUGGCAAAGUUGCGGUAAUCCAUGGAACACAGAGAACUGUUUCUCAAACUACAGCAUGACCAAUGCAACUAACCUCACCAGCCCAAUCGUGGAAUUCUGGGAACGAAACAUGCACCAGUUAACAGAUGGAUUGGAUGAGCCUGGACAAAUCCGACCGCCUCUUGCAAUAACACUGGCCAUCGCCUGGGUUCUUGUGUAUUUCUGUAUUUGGAAAGGUGUCAGCUGGACGGGAAAGGUAGUUUAUUUUUCUGCAAUCUACCCCUAUGUUAUGCUUCUUAUCUUGUUUUUCCGUGGAGUGACACUGCCUGGGGCCCGUGAAGGAAUUCUGUUUUACAUAACCCCCGAUUUCAGCCGCCUUUCAGAUUCAGAGGUAUGGCUGGAUGCAGCUACACAGAUAUUUUUCUCAUACGGCUUGGGACUUGGCUCUCUGGUGGCGCUUGGAAGCUACAACACCUUUCACAAUAAUGUUUACAGGGACUCAAUUAUCGUCUGCUGUAUAAAUUCCACCACCAGUAUGUUUGCCGGUUUUGUCAUUUUCUCUAUCGUGGGCUUCAUGGCCCAUGUGACAAAAAGAUCAAUAGCGGACGUGGCUGCUUCAGGACCUGGCCUGGCUUUUUUGGCAUACCCUGAGGCAGUGACACAAUUACCAAUAUCUCCAUUAUGGUCUAUUCUUUUCUUUUCAAUGUUACUUAUGCUUGGGAUUGACAGCCAGUUUUGCACAGUAGAAGGCUUUAUAACAGCUUUGGUGGAUGAGUUUCCCAAAUUGUUACGAGGAAGAAGAGAAAUUUUCAUUGCUGUGGUCUGUGUUAUUUCAUAUUUGAUUGGACUCUCAAACAUUACCCAGGGUGGUCUGUAUGUCUUUAAACUUUUUGACUACUACUCUGCUAGUGGAAUGUCUUUGCUCUUUCUUGUUUUCUUUGAGACCGUCUCAAUAUCUUGGUGCUAUGGAGUGAACAGGUUCUUUGAUAAUAUCGGAGAGAUGGUUGGCCACAGACCUUGUCUAUGGUGGAAACUUUGCUGGUCCAUUUUCACUCCAAUUGUUGUGGGGGGUGUAUUUCUCUUCAGUGCAAUUCAAAUGACACCACUUAAGAUGGGGAGCUAUGUUUUCCCCAAAUGGGGCCAAGGUGUGGGCUGGUUUAUGGCUUUAUCAUCCAUGAUGUUGAUCCCUGGCUAUAUGGGCUACUUGUUCCUCACUUCAAAGGGAUCUUUAAAACAGCGUCUCCGACUUAUGACUCAACCAACUGAAGACGUGAAAUGCCGGGAGAAUGGACCUGAACAACCCGAGCAUGGCAACACUCCAAGUGAUGAAGCCUAUAUGUAGAUUAUUUAUUAAAUAUAAGAUACUAACACUGCCCAGAAAAUGAAUCUUUCACUGGUUGAUCGAGACCAAGGACUGUAGUUACAUUAUUGUGCACCUACCUCCUAUCACAAAUAUGAUCAAUAGUUGUACAAGGCUAUAAACUUUUGUUGAUGGACAUCAGUAAAACUCUUAACAAAAAAAGUUUCAGAUCAAGUUUUGAUAACAAUGUAAUUUUGGCAAAGAACCAUCAAUAGAGUAAGACUGUUAGCAUUUUUAAACUAUAGUUUUCUCUUUCAAAGAGCCAGCACAGGCACAAUGGGCCAAAUGGCUUCUUUCUGUGCUAUAAGACUCUUUGAUUUUAUGACCAAGUAGGCGUGAUUAGAGUCACUGACUUACUUUAUACAAGUCAACUCAUUCAGUCUGUCAAGUUUAUAGCACUAAGGCCAUUAAUUAAAAUUAUGGUUUUGCAAUAAAAUUACAGAAUUUUCUUACCUACUCUUUAAUAUUCCUGUCACACCUUCCAGGAGUCUACUUAAUUUUCUUCCUGUAACCCCUACACUCCCAUAGUGGAUUCUACAACCUGCAGGAAUCUUCUGUCCACCUAACAUCCAUUCUUCAGCCCUAUGUCCAUGUAUCUAAUCCACUUCCUGGUCCAUCCAAGUACCAUUGUCAGAUGCCAAUGUGGGGAUUCACUAUGUUUCCAGUGAGAGAAAGCAAAGUACAGGUACUAGAAGAUAGAAUAAAUGGAAAGAUAUUCUUUUCUAUAUUGUUAAUAAAAUUUUAUAAUCUAACUUAGUGACUAUUUAAACAGUCCCAAACUUUAACAAUGUGAUUUGCUGUCUCUUGCUGAAGAGUGAGUAGAAAAAGCACUUAAGGCAGUGGCAGUUGACAGCAGAUGCCACACAGACUGCGAUAAGGAGCAGAAGUUUAGAGGAAAGGCUGGUGACAAUGAGGAAUGAGAGGCAGUUGUAUGCAGCAUGGGAUACGAACAAGAUGAUGAUGCACAGGCAUGGGGAAUGAGAUAUAGUGCCUAGGGUCAGAGGGGAAAAGAGAGGCCUGUAGAUUGGAGGUCAGCUUCCUUAAUAUCACUCACCUGGUUUCCCCAGAAUUUUAUAUGUAAAAUGUUGGAAUUUUUCUUCUAAUGUCAUUUGUUCAUUUUUCUGAGCUUCAGUGUUCAACAAUCCCUAAUCAAACUACCACUUGAUCCCAAAGGCAAUUCAUUAACUUUGAAACCCAGCUUUGACUAACUAAUUCCUCGACUCCACCAAAUCCUCAUGUUCUUUGUUUUCAAGCACCCUAUGAUCAAAUACAACCAUUAUAUCUUGAUUAGGUCAGCAUUUAAAUAUAUUUAAAUAUUUGUAUGAACAUUUUAUUCACUCAAACAUUACUUUCCGUUUCAGUUAGUAUAAAGAAAGUAGAUGCAGCAAAUAUUUUGGAAUUGCUAUAUUUGAAGAUCCCGAUCUGGGCAUUAACAAUGUACUUUAUACCCCAGGGAGUGGUAAAUUACUAUUGAUUUCAUUAUAUCAUGUAGCAGCAGUAGAUCAAGGCAGUGCUUCUACAAUUUUCUACUUUGAGACAGACAUCAGCUUGUGUCUAUGGCAGCUACGCAAAUGUGACAGGGAAACAGAACCACGGAAGAAAAUUUAGUAUAUUGUACAAUGUAUUCUAAGUAAAAGCAUAGAAAGUACAUGUGCAUUGAUUAAGCAUUGGUUGCUUAAAAAAAACUAUUACAACUAUAUCUGUCAAAAUGUUGUUGUAUAGCAAGUGUGUAAAAAUAAAGUAUAAAUGUCUGCAUCUUAUUUAAUGUAGUUUUGUCAAAAAAAAUAACAAUUCUUCCAUCAUAGACCUUAACACUGCAAUAACUCUUAACACAAACACAUAAUUAAAGUGUUAUUCUUUCAACAUCAGCUAUGUAUUUAAUUUGUAUAAAAUAUAUUCAAUAUAUAAUGAGUCUAGUAAAGAGAGUAUUGUUUUGUAGAUUUAUAAAUGUUAAAUUGAUCAAAUGUACAGUUUUCAACGUAUAUAUUAAAUGGUGUAGUUAAGUUCUAAAUGGUGUUAUUGAUACCAGGGCAUGA